GGAUUAAGAAACUUCAGUAAAGCUGAUCAAGGAAUGAUUGGGCAGCUCACAACAUUUGUUUGUUAUGCAAUGUUUUUUAAGAUUAGUUUUUAGCCAUGACUGAGAUUGGUGAAUUCCAUGUGAUGGAUGAGGUGGAACAGCACAAGGUGAACUUGUUCCUUGCUGAAAAAGCCAAAUUGGGUGAUGAGAUUUCCAUCAAAGAUGUUGAAGGUUUAGGAGAUAUUGGUACUGGGAAUGGUGCAGUCGUAGUGAAGGUUCGACAUAAGGGAACUGGCAUAGUAAUGGCAAGGAAGAUCAUACACUUAGAAGUGAAGCACUCAACGAAAAUUCGCAUAAUUCGUGAUCUGAAAGUAUUGCAUGACUGCAAUUUCAUUCACAUCAUUGGUUUCUAUACAGCAUUCUAUUUGCAAGGUGAAGUUAGCCUUUGCAUGGAAUAUAUGAAUGCUGGCUCUCUUGAUGUUAUUGUCAGGAAGUCUGGAUUUAUACCAGAGAAUAUUCUGGGUAAAAUAUCUGUUGCCUCAUUGAGAGCUCUUAUGUACCUCAUUGAAACUCAUUCAAUUAUUCACAAUGAGGUGAAACCAAAUAAUAUUCUGCUGAACAGUAAAGGAGAUAUCAAAUUAUGCGAUUUCGGAGCCUCCUGUCAUCUGAGUGACUCAUUGAUUAAUUCCUUUAUUGGAACUCGAAGCUAUAUGUCUCCUGAAAGAUUACAAGGGGAAAAUUCCACUGUCCAAAGCGAUAUAUGGGCUUUAGGAUUCACUUUACUUGAAAUGGCCAUAGGCAUGUAUCCUAUACCGCCUCCUAAAAAGGAUACAUUGACGCAGAUACUAAGCGGAAAAAUCAAAAUGUAUAAUUUUAUGGAUAUGUCCAUUUUCGACAUACUAAACUACGUAGUUAUCAACGAACCUCCUACUGUUCCUGAUGGUCUCUUCUCAAUUGAAUUUAAAGAUUUCAUCGAUACUACUCUGAGGAAAGAUCCAAAAGCUAGAGGCAAUCUAACUAAAUUGCUUAAGAAAACCUGGUCGCAAAUUUAUAUCGAAAAAGAUGUUGACGUGGCAGGUUGGGUCUGCAAAACCAUGAAUCUUGAGCCUGUCAAAGCAGUCUAAUUUAUAAAACAUACUUUCAUACAUACAGGCAGGUGAAUUUUUAACUGACCGUUGAUUAGGAUAAUCUAUAAUUUUAAAUCCUUACAUAUUAUGAUUAUAUUGCAGCUAUAAUUGUGGUAAAUGUAACAUAUACUUCAACACCAAAUCAAACAUCUUAAACUAUUGACGAAAAAAUGCAUAUAACGUUUAAGAAUAGAUAUAUGAAUCGAAUGUAAUUCAUCUUCAUUGAUUAGUAAUAGAUAUUAAUGUUACUUAUAUUGUACAUGAUGUUUGCCGGUAUACUAAUCAUCAUUUAACUUUAACGCGAAGACAAAAAAAACUAUUUAAUUUGACAAAUUUGUCUUCGAUUUAAUGUUAACGGUAAAAUGAAAAUACCGGUAAAAAAAAGGACGUGAAAGAAUAUUACAGCGAAUGUUCAAGUACUCAAUGAAACGUAUAUCGCUAUCAUCAAUGGUCCAAGCUAUGACCAGAACAUUUAAAGACAUUAGCUAAUAGAUGUAUGUAUAAUGCUAAAUCUGGAAGCGAAGUGGUUGAACUUACAGUUAGUUAUUUCGCCGCAAUUAACUUUAACGCGAAGACAAAAAAAAAACUGUUUAAUUUGACGAAUUUGUGUUCGAUUUAAUGUUAACAGUAAAAUGAAAAUACCGGUAAAAAUAAGGAUGUGAAAAAAUAUUACAGCGAAUGUUCAAGUACUCAAUGAACAGAACUUCUAACAUUGGCUAAUAGUAUAAUGCUCCUAAAUCUGGAACCAAAGAGGUUGAACUUACAGUUAGUUAUUUCGUCGCAAUUAACUUUAACGCGAAGACAAAAAAAAACUGUAUUUAAUUUGACGAAUUUGUGUUCGAUUUAAUGUUAACAUUAAAAUGAAAAUACCGGUAAAAAUAAGGAUGUGAAAAAAUAUUACAGCGAAUGUUUAAGUACUCAAUGAAACGUAUAUCGCCAUCAUCAAUGGUCCAAGCUAUGAACAGAACUUUUAAAGACUUGA